UCCAAAUUAAAUGAAUUAAAAGUUCCCUUUUGAAAAUAAACAAAACUUUAACUUCUAUUCACAAACAAACAUAAUUCCAAAAACAUUCUCACGCAACUUAAUGACUUUUGUCAUGGGCCAUGGUUUAUAAGUGUCAUCACGAUCACUCACAGUGUCUCUCAAAGAGUCCCUCUCUGUAUAACCUAAAAAAAGAGGCUCUCUGUAUCAUCUUUCAUUUAUUUUCCCCCCUUAUUAUUAUUUUGGCAUUAUUAAUCAAACAUCACUUAAUUCCACCCGUGAAUGGUUUAAUUCUGUUGUCGCCCACCUAAUAUAUGCUUCCAGUUCCUACCCUUCCUUGGCCACAAGGAACUACACAACAACAAAGAGUCACGAGAUGGAUAUUAUUGCCCUUUGCAUCAAUACAAAGUUCACCCAAUUGGGCACUUAUAUAUUUUUAAAUUCAGUUCUUCACCAAAACUAUAUCAGUUGUCAUUGGUGUACACUAACAACACUCAAGACACUGGCCGUUUGUGGAAAUUUCUGUGGUUACAAAUUUUAAUUUUAUUUAUUUAUGAACUUAACAGUUUGUAGUAGACAGAAACAGCCACAAACUAGUGGGUGUUAAAAAUAUGUAGUGUUCACUGGUCAUUUUUAAACUAUAUUGAUAGAUUAUCAUUAAUUUUCUUAGUCUACGUGUUCACUCAUGAGUGGAAGAUCAUUAAUUGGAGCAAAAUAUGCAAGAAUCUUGGCAUGAAAAUAUGAAUGAUUGUCAUAGGAUAAUUCAAUGAUGUGUGUGAUGCCUGAAUUACCUUAAAAAUUUGAUACAAAGCCCUAAGGAUGAGGUCAUGUGAGUCAUCUCAUUAGAAAAGUAAGUUGAUUAAAACAAACAAAAGAAAGUUUGUAGUUGGCAAAAUUCACAAAAUGGAAAGAUAAGUUAUGUUUCACUCAAUUUAGAAUGGCGGGUAUGAUUCACUACAAAAAUUUACUAAUCUUCCCAUGAUGCUUAACUUUAUUGUUGCUUACUAUUGUAUUUUGCAGAUUUGGUCUAUUAACUACUACCUAACACACAUGCAAAAUCUUGUAUACUAUUGGUAUUUCAGAAACUGCAUGUCAGUUGGGAAAAUCACACAGAAACAUGUUACAUGAUAAACAGAAUUGAUGCUGAAGUCACAAGUUUCUGGAAUGCUUUUGCUUAUUUUCUUGAAAAUAUAAAAUUCACUGAUAUAGGAAAGAAAAUAAUUCUAUAAAAUAUUUCACAAUAGCAACCAAAUUUUCAGUCGCUAAUAGUUUUAGUGACCAAAUUAGCAACUGAUUUUUUUUUAAAUCAGCCCUAAAUCAGUCACUAUGCAGUGAAUUUCUAGUAUAUGGUAAGUGAAUUGAAGUAUAAGAAUAAUAGAACCCACUCAAUACAUUUGGGACCACAAAAAAUUGAACAUUCUUACUACAAAGAAAAAUAAUGGCCUUAGAGAACAAAUAAACCCUGCAAGAGUUGCUGAACAUCCAAAAAGGUUUUUUAAGAGCAUCCUACAGUUUCCUUCACACCCCACACUCUGACACUUUUAAUCAACAUGAAAUUGACACGUGGCAACCUUAUUAUUUUGAAGAUGGAAUUUUUAUAUGGCCUGUUAUCCUCUCAUAUUCGACCAAUAAAUAAUUACUUAGUGUAAUAAAUGUCAUGUCGACAUGUUUAAUAACGAGUUUUGAAAUUUCAUUUUAAGUGAUUUAUAAGAAGAUGAAACAGGACACUCUAAAUUAGAGAGGGCAUGACAAAGCUCCAUUUUAAAAAUUCAUUACUUAGUGAUCAUAUAUAUUUUGAGUAUAAAUAAGAGAUGGUCCUUGCUAGGCCAAUUUGCUCUGGAUGUUAUAUUAAACCUUAGCCAUUCUUCUUUCUUCUAUGUCAAUCCUCCAUUUGUCUUUGAAACUAGUAUUUCUGAAGUUGGAGUUUUUGUCUAUACACAGAACAGAAUAGCAUUUUGGGGUUCUGCAUUGGCACAUACAUAUUUUUGGUGUAUACUGAAACUCAACUUUGAAGUUUGAGUUCCUCAUGGAUCAUCUCAUUCAUGGAUUACUUAUUCUCUGGAUUAUUACUUUGACACUUUUCAACCACAAUUUGGUAAAUGUGGAAGGAAGAUACCACCAUCUUACCAACCAGAAGAAUAUAUCCCCUGCUCCUGAUGACCCUCCUAAUGAUCCCUCACCCCCUUCAAUUUCUCCUAGUUUUCCUUCUGACCCUUAUCCAAAUGAUCCCCAAGAUUCCUCUUCAAAUGGUAUCUUUGAUGUGAGAUCCUUUGGGGCUGUUGGAGAUGGUUCAGCUGAUGACACACCUGCAUUCAGGGCAGCAUGGAAAGCCGCUUGUGAAGUAGAGUCAGGGGUUGUUCUGGCUCCAGAGAAUUACUGCUUUAUGAUCACUUCAACUAUUUUUUCAGGUCCAUGCAAGCCAGGACUAGUGUUUCAAGUAGAUAGCACACUCAUGACACCAGAUGGACCAAAUUCCUGGCCAGAAGCAGAUAGCCUCAAUCAGUGGCUUGUCUUUUAUAAACUUGACCAAAUGACUUUUAAUGGUACAGGAAUCAUAGAAGGCAAUGGAGAAAAGUGGUGGGAUCUCCCCUGCAAACCUCACAGGGGUCCAGAUGGAAAAACUUUAUCAAGACCAUGUGUCAGUCCCACUAUGAUAAGGUUCUUCAUGAGCUCCAAUUUGAAGGUGAUUGGACUGAAAAUUCAAAACAGUCCUGAGUUCCACAUGAAAUUUGAUGGCUGCCAAGGGGUAAUGAUUGAUGAUGUGUCCAUUUCUUCACCAAAACUCAGCCCCAACACUGAUGGAAUCCAUGUAGAAAAUUCAAAUGAUGUUGGGAUAUAUAACUCCAUGAUAAGCAAUGGUGAUGAUUGCAUUUCAAUUGGACCCGGGACCUCAAACGUGGACAUAGCUGGUGUUACUUGUGGUCCUAGCCAUGGGAUUAGCAUUGGAAGCCUUGGUGUGCACAAUUCCCAGGCAUGUGUCUCGAACUUAACUGUUCGAGACACCAUAAUAAGGGAAUCAGACAAUGGACUCAGAAUUAAAACAUGGCAAGGUGGGACAGGAUCUGUUUCAGGUUUGAGAUUUGAGAACGUCCAAAUGGAGAAUGUGGGAAACUGCAUCAUUGUAGACCAGUACUACUGCAUGACAAAGGAAUGCCUGAACCAAACUUCAGCUGUUCAUGUUAAUGAUAUUUCCUACAGGAACAUUAAGGGCACUUAUGAUGUGAGAACUGCACCUAUUCACUUUGCUUGCAGUGACUAUGUUGCCUGCACAAACAUAACACUCUCUGAGGUUGAGCUUUUGCCUUAUGAGGGAGAAUUGCUUGAUGACCCUUUUUGUUGGAAUGCUUAUGGGACUCAAGAGACCUUGACUAUACCUCCUAUUAAUUGCUUAAGAGAAGGUGACCCUGAGGAAGUGGGUGAUCUUUCUGCAUAUCAAUGCAGUUAAGGAUAUAUUACUCUAAUAGCAUGUCUGGAUCGACUUUUCGCUCUAUAUAUAGAAUCGAUUUUGAAGCUCAGAGACUACUCACAAAAUCUUUUCAUCAGAAUUAAUUUUGGUUUUAUAAUCAAUUAUAGAAAAAUUACAAAUCAUACUGUAAUAUUUUUAACUACAUUGAUAUGCAGAAAAGUACACUUCUAAACAUGUUUGGAACAUGUACUAAAUUGGAUGUACUUUUUUGCAUAUAAAUGUAGUUGAAGAUAUUUCUCUUAUAGCAUGUUUACAAAUUCUUCUAUAAUUAAUUCUAAAGUCAGAAUCAAUUCUUGAGAAAAUGUUCUAUAAGUAGCUUCUGGUGUAAAGAAAAAAUAAGUUGAUUCAAAUGUACUAUAAAUUUGGUUGCUUUUAGAUAGAAGAUAUAUAUCAUAUACUAUAUACAUAUAUUCAGCCUAGAUAACCAUUGUAUGACUAGGUGGUUGUGGCUCUUUGUACCUCUCUUAGGAUUUCGUCCCUAUUUGGGUGUAUUUCUUCUCCCAUAUUGUGAGAUGCAGAUUUUGGUCCCAUAUUUUGGACCUACACUGUAAUAGCUUGGCUGAACAUUUUUAUGUUAUGUGGCUAAAAUAGUAUAUAUAGGCCUUUUUUCCCUAAUAUUUAUUUUAGUUUCUAUUA